AUGGAAGCCGCUAUCAAUCCCGGGCGAGCGUCGCCCGCAAUGAAGAGAAAACGCGUCGGAUCCGAGGCACUCACACCGCCCUUGUCCGUCGACGACCCUGAGGGCUCAUGCCUCCAUUCACGCGCUGUACACGUCCUCUCCACCGCCGCAACCGCGCUUUCACAAGUCACCAUUCUAUACCAGUCAGACCCGAUUGCGCGGGAUGGACUGCUUCGGGCAGUGGAGUGUAUGACAAGGGUCAAUGAAGCGGGUGGCAAGCUCCUCAUCUGCGGCGUGGGCAAGAGCGGACUGGUAGGGAAGAAGACGGUGGCCACCAUGAAGAGUCUAGGCAUAGCGUCUUCGUUUCUGCAUGCAUCAGAGGCGCUACAUGGCGAUUUGGGUGAUAUAAGGCCUAAUGACGCAGUCAUGUUCAUAUCCUUCUCCGGCAAGACCGCCGAGCUCAUGGCCGUCCUCGAGCACAUCCCAUCUUCGACCUCGGUUAUUGCUAUCACAGCCCACAAGCACCCUUCCGGUUGCCCACUGCUGCGCGAAAGAUCAGACGGCAUUCUGCUACCGGCGCCUAUACAUGAAUCGGAGGAACUGUCGUUCGGCGUGUGCGCGCCGACGACAUCUACGACUGUAGCAAUCGCGGUUGGCGAUAUGUUGGCACUCACAGCGGCGGAGGCUAUACACUCUCAUAACACCGGGCACAUCUUCAGGAGGAAUCAUCCAGGAGGUGCCAUUGGAGAAAAUGCAAGACGGGGACCAGAUGCCGACGAGAGCGCAGAAGAGGAGCGGAGUGUGAAGAGACAGAAGGUGCCUGUGUCACCUACGUUAGCUCCGGAUAUUGAGCUGUAA